UCAAAGUUGAAGCCAUCCGCAUGACCUCAAUCUCAAAAUAAAACAAACUCAAGUAGUAGACACCUGUCGAUCUGUCGCAAAAAUGAGGGCGUUAAGAAGUGCUGCUGGUGAUGACGUGGUUAGCGACUUACGUCUGGAUCAUCGCUGGUAUUCAUUAGAAGGGCUCCUGUCCAAGGAAUACUGAGUCCAAGUUUGCUACAAGCUCACUGAGAUCCAGCUCUCGAUUGCCUAUGAGUUUCUCUACACCAAGCUUGGAGUAAUGCAUUUCAAGGGGGGACUACUGAAUGGUUGGCUCUCCAAGCUUGUUACAUUGGGGUGCACCUUUGCAGCCCUCGUUCUGUUUGCUUGGGAUGAUCUAAAGGGCAGUCUUCUUCCAAACUACAAGAGAGCCGAUAUUAUUGUGUCUUACAUACUCCUUGGUGGAGCUGCCAUCCUGGAGGUACUCUCUGUUUCCAUUUCCAUCUCACCAUUCAGUGCAUAUUACACGACAGAUGGUGAAAUAAAGAAGAACAUAUACAAGAAAAGAUACAGUGAUGUGAUGUUCAGCAUUAUCAGGUAUGUCCAUCCAGAGAGCAAGCCAGAAUGGUCAGAAAAGCUGGCACAAUACAGCCUUAUUGGUGAGUGUAUACGAUGGAAGCAAGAAGAUGCUGCUGGUGGUGCUAGUUUCAUGGCCAUAUGUCAGGUGGAGCCCAGGAAAACGACAGCACAUGUUGAUGUCUCUCAUGAGCUGAAGAAGCUCGUCCUAGACAGACUGUUACAGGUUGUAAGCACAACACAUCCGAAUGAUCCAGAUUAUUCAGAUGAUGUGUGGGACAUGAGCAAUUUCACUGGCCAAUGGGCAAAGCUGGAGAUCCGGAGCAAAAUGCAAUCGUCGUCAGAAGCUGCAGCUCGUCUGCAGGAGCUGAUCAGCAACACCACUAAGCAUUCUGAAAGUUUCAUGUUCUCCGUCCUCACCUGGCAUAUAGUGACGGAGAUAUGCUUCUUCAAACAACAUAGCAACAGUGACGACGACGGCGGCAGCAGCAGCAGCGGCAGCUCUGCUCCUCCAUCCUGCAGAUGCAGAGACCCAAGCAGACAACUGUCUAGGUACGUCAUGUACCUUUGUGAAAAGCAUGGCAUAUUGUCUGGCAAUGAUGGGCACGUUUCUUGCAAAUUGAUUAAGGAUGUCAUUAUGGAGUGUCUGCUAGACUAUGAAGGAGCCCUGGAUGACGAGCGUUCUGUUGUCAUGCGUAUAGCUGACAUGAUACAUGUCGGGGGACCGGGGCUAAGGGGCACCAGGGUUGUGAAUGAGGUAUUAAGCCCUACGGACCAACUUGUCAAGGAGCUGCUUAUGAUCCAAGAUGCAAAUGAUCGAUGGGAUAUCAUCAUGAAUGUGUGGAUGGAGAUGCUUUGCUACAUGGCAUUACACUCGGAGCAUGGGUUCCACACUACGCAUCUAAGCAAAGGAGGCGAGUUCUUAACUCAUGUCAAGCUUCUAAUAUUGAACAUUUUUGGCCACUGAUCGUGGCAGAUACGUAACAGAGCCUAAGCUAGUCAUUUUGCAGUUUCUUUUUGUGAAUUAUUGUUUUUUUUCUUUUGAAGUUUCACGUGCACUGCUGUUACAAAAUAAUACCGGCUUGCUGCUGCUUAUAGUAUUGUGUGCCCGGCCUCCUCCUGAGCCCAACCCGCUCUGUAUGAAUACUAGAUAUGCUGGGGCGCGCCACAAGCUUCCUCUAUGCGGCGGCCGAGGAGAUCCGAUCCUUAUGGUCUUCGCCAUGGGACUGUCCUACACUCGCUUAUAGUUACUUCCACAUGUAUAUUUCAUGAUGUAUGAUGUAUUUGAUCUAACAAAAAGUAUGUAUGUGAA